AUGAUUUUAAUUAGGACUUGUACUUUUUAUUGGAAAAUAGGUGCUUGUAGAUUAGGAGAUAGAUGUUCACAUCUUCAUCAAAAACCAGCCUACUCACAAACAAUUAUGAUCAGACACAUGUAUCCAAAUCCUAAAGGAGCUCAUUUUGUUGAUGAGAAUGGAAUUUUAAGACCUUUUUCUCAGGAAUUUAUAAAGGAGUGGUUUGAAAACUUUUAUGCUGAUAUUUUCAAAGAGUUGGAAACAAAGAAUGGAAUUAAAAUUGAAGAUUUGUAUAUUUGUGAUAAUACAUGUGAACACAUGUUUGGAAAUGUAUAUAUUUCACUUGCUAGUAUUCCAGAUGCUCAGAAAUGUUAUGAAUUAUUGAAAGGAAAAUAUCAUGCUGGUAGAUUAUUAACACCAGAAUAUUCACCAGUUCUUGAUUUUUCUGAAGCUAAAUGUAAGCUUUUCGAUAGAGGAGGAGAAGAACAUUGUCCAAAAGGAGCUAAUUGCAAUAAUUUGCACGUUUUGAGACCAUCUGAAGAAUUGGCUAAACAUUUAUUUGGAGAAAGAUAUGAAUCAUACAAACAA